AUGGUGCGAAAUGGCGGUGCUUUGAGAUUGACAAGGCAAGAAUUGAAGUUGAACUAUACAAUAAUUACACGUCAACAAGUUUACUCUACAGAUGUCGCGAAGAAAACGCACUACGUACAGGCAGCAGUCAUGAGGGCCGGACUUCUGAAUGGCAGCAGGGCUGCUACUAGAGCAAAGAGUUGUUACUCUACCACUCUACUCAGACCUCGGGGUGCGCGAAGCCUGGCAACAGUGACCACUAAAUCCUCCCAUGAUUAUAACCCAGACAUCGAAUCCCGAACCCCUCCGUAUCCAAAACUCUUGAAACGACUUCACGAAGUCCGGCGACUGUUAGGCUCUGCGAGACAGCUUACAUUGGCUGAGAAGAUCCUCUAUUCUCAUCUGGACAAUCCCGAAGAAUCGCUACUUUCCAACACCGAUAAUGGACUCAAUAUCAGAGGAAAUGCAAAUCUUAAGCUUAAGCCCGAUAGAGUGGCUAUGCAGGAUGCAUCUGCGCAGAUGGCUCUGCUCCAAUUCAUGACUUGUAAUCUUCCUUCGACAGCAGUUCCGGCCAGCAUACACUGUGACCAUAUGAUUGUUGGAGAGAGAGGUGCUGAUGUUGAUCUCCCCGAGUCAAUUAAAGGGAACAAGGAGGUCUUUGAUUUCCUUGAGUCGGCUGCGAAGAAAUAUGGCAUUGAGUUUUGGCCACCCGGAGCUGGAAUCAUUCAUCAAACCGUGCUGGAGAACUAUGCGGCACCGGGCCUGAUGAUGCUCGGCACAGAUAGUCACACUCCAAAUGCAGGUGGAUUAGGAGCCAUUGCAAUCGGAGUUGGUGGCGCUGAUGCAGUUGACGCGCUUGUGGAUGCUCCUUGGGAAUUGAAAGCUCCUAAGGUUCUGGGUGUAAGGCUUGAAGGGCAACUGAGUGGUUGGUCGUCUCCAAAAGAUGUCAUUCUCCAUCUCGCAGGGAAAUUGACUGUUCGUGGCGGAACCGGUUUCAUUAUCGAGUAUCAUGGACCUGGAGUGGACUCCCUGAGCUGUACUGGGAUGGCCACCAUUUGCAACAUGGGUGCAGAAGUCGGCGCUACAACAUCCCUCUUCCCCUUCUCCGUCCGACACAUCCCAUAUCUUGAAUCAACCCACCGAUCGUCCAUUGCAUUACAAGCUCAGACUAUAGCCUCUACUCCAUCUCUACAAAACCUACUUCGAGCCGACCAAGGUGCUCAAUACGACGAGCUCAUCACAAUCGACCUCUCCACACUCGAGCCACAUAUCAAUGGACCCUUCACUCCAGAUCUAUCAACCCCCGUUUCAAAGUUUGCGGAGGCAGUUAAGACAAACAAUUGGCCCCAAACAGUGUCAGCUGGGCUGAUUGGUAGCUGUACAAACAGCUCUUAUCAAGAUAUGGCUCGCUCCGAAGACCUCGUCAAGCAAGCCUCUGCAGCAGGCCUCAGACCAGCGAUCGACUUCUUCGUGACCCCUGGUAGCGAGCAAAUCCGCGCCACUCUUGACCGUGACCAAACACUCUCUACAUUCGAGGAGGCUGGCGGCAUCGUCCUCGCAAAUGCAUGCGGACCGUGCAUCGGGCAAUGGAAGCGUACAGACGGUGUCUCCAAAGGCGACAACAACGCCAUCUUCACAUCCUACAACCGUAACUUCCGGGGCCGGAACGACGGCAAUCCAGAAACCAUGAACUUCCUCGCUAGCCCGGAAAUCGUGACAGCAAUGUCCUAUGCCGGUAGCACAACCUUCAACCCCCUAACCGACAGCAUAACCACACCCACAGGGACCCAAUUCCGAUUCUCUCCUCCAACAGGUGCAGAACUCCCACCUUCAGGCUUCGAAGUUGGCAAUCCCGACUUCCUCCCCACAUCAGGUGCCCCCUCCCCCUCAACUCCCGUAGUCGUCUCCCCAACCUCCGACCGCCUCGCCAUCCUCGAGCCAUUUGACCCUUUCCCAGACCACAAUCUCACAGGUCUCCGUGUACUCUACAAAGUCCAAGGAAAGUGCACCACGGACACCAUCUCAGCCGCUGGACCUUGGUUAAAGUACAAAGGCCAUCUCCCGAACAUCAGCGCCAACACUUUAAUCGGAGCAGUCAACGCCGCAACUGGGGAAGUGAACGUAGCAUAUGAUGUCGACGGAUCUUCAUCCAGCAUCCCCGAAUUAGCGCAGAAAUGGAAAGACCAGGGUCUUGAGUGGCUCGUAGUAGCAGAGCACAACUACGGCGAAGGCUCCGCUCGUGAACACGCCGCCCUUCAGCCUCGCUAUCUCGGCGGCCGUGUCAUCCUAGCUAAGUCACUCGCACGUAUUCAUGAGACGAAUCUUAAAAAGCAGGGUGUUGUACCAUUGACAUUCGAGAAUGAGAAAGACUAUGAUCUCAUGGACGCCUGCGACGAGGUCGAGACUGUGGGGUUAUACGAGAUGUUGAAGAGUGGUGGAGAGGGCAGCGUUAGUUUGAAGGUGAAGAAGAAGGAUGGAACGGAGGUGGAGAUUAAGACGAAGCAUACUAUGAGCAACGAUCAAUGUGGUUUCAUCCUUGCGGGAAGUGCGCUGAACUUGCUUGCUAAGAUGAAGAGGUCUUGA